CCAAACCCCCCCACUUCUGCUCUUCUUGACUGCAGCAGACAUGGCCGACAAGACGCCGAAAGAGCCCAACGCUCCCUUCGCGACCCGGAUAGACCCGACCAAAGAGGGUCUCUCUCCGGAACAGAUGCAUUUCAUCCGACAGGUAGAGCUCCAGCAGUGGAAGAAGAAAACCCAGCAGCUGCGGACACGAAACGUCGUGACGGGACUCGUCAUCGGAGCGCUCGUGCUGGGAAUCUACGGCUACACAUUUUACUCCGUCUCCCAGGAGCGGAUCAUGGAUGAAAUGGACGAGGAAGCCAAGCUUCGGAGAACGCAGGGACCAAAGAACGGUGCCAACUGAGCCGCUUCGUGUCACCUUCUACUUUUUGGACUGUGUGUCUUUACUGCACUUAACUGAGAAUCGACUUACAUGGACACUGAUGCCACUGAGUAAUAUUCCCUGGACGGUCAGCCCAUUUUUCAUGUUGAGACGGCACUGGAAUUUAUUUUUCCCUGAUUAUUAAAGGGAGUUGUGUGGUUUGGCUGCUGA